AUGUUUAGUUUACGUUCCAUUGUUAAUGGACACAUACAUGAUAUUGAUGGUCAAUUUGAAAUGGAAUUACCUGAUAAUAUUAACGAUGAUAUUAACAAUGAUGAACCACCAGAGGAUAUUGACAAUCAAUUUGAAAUGGAAUUACCCGAUAUUAAUGAUGAUGAACAGCCAGAGGAUAUUGAUAAUCAAUUUACAAUAGAAUUACCGACCAAUCAUGAUAUUGAAGAACAAGUUGAUGAGGAUGAUAAACCUCCAGAGGAUAUUGAUAAUCAAUUUGACAUGGAAUUGCCUCUUGAAAUCAAAAGUAAUGAUGGUGAAGGAAAAGAAGAUGAUAAACCUCCAG